AUGAUGAGUAUUGGUUUUAUUCUCGGUACUGGUUUCGUUGCCGCCUUUGGCAAAGUUCCUGGGCCGUUUUGGCCGUCUGUCACCAGACUAUGGCUAACAUAUGCCGUCUCGAGAGGAGACCUGGAUGUGGUGCAACGAGAAUUACACAGGAAAUACGGACCACUUGUUCGUAUCGCGCCAGAUGAGGUCGCUUGUGCAGACCCCGAAGCGAUUCGCAAGAUAUACAGCACAACCUCACCACUCAACAAGUCUGAUUUCUAUCAUAUUUGGGAUGUGGGAGCGUUCUCCAAAUACCCCAACGCAUUUGCUAUCGUCGACGAAAAGCUGCACUUUGAGCGAAGACGCAUAGUGAGCAGCGUGUACAGCAUGUCUACUGUCCUGACCUUGGAGUCAUACAUUGACGACUGUAGUCGCUUGUUUGUCGAGUGUAUGGCUGAGCGCACGGUGCCCGAUCAAGCAAUUGAUCUCGGGGAUUGGUUUCUAUGGUACGCCUAUGAUGUUAUUGGGGAGCUCUUUUUUGGUCGCUCGCUCGACUUCAUCGAGAACCAAGGCGACCAGGGCGCUUUUCUCGCGUCUUUGGAGUUAAUGCUUCCUGUUCUGACAAUAGCGGCGUCUUCUUCGCCUUCGGUUCGUGGGCUGAUCAUGGGCUUAUUCACGCUCAGCUCUACCGCACGAAAAGGGCUUAAAGGAAUGAAUCACAUAAUCGAGACCGCACGCACGAGCGUGGACGACAGAGUCGCCGCUGUUGCAGACUCUGGAAAACGGGAGAGAAAGGAUCUUUUGCAUAAUCUGCUGGCCAUUGUCAAUUCCAAAGGUGACAAAUUGGACUUCGGCGUUGAAGAUGUCAAAAAUGAGGCCUUUGCAGCUCUGACAGCAGGUGCAGACGCAACUAUGAUUGAGCUGCAGGCAAUUUUCUAUUAUCUUGCAAAAGAUCGUUCGGUGUAUGAAGAGCUUCGAAAAGAGGUUGACCAAGCCACGGAAAGUGGAGAACUAUCCGAAUUUCCCAGUUAUUCCGAAGCCGUCCAGCUUCCGCUUCUCAGGGCAACAAUUAAAGAGGCAUUGAGGCUACACCCUGGCGUGGGAUUCACUAUGCCUCGAGUCGUGGAUCAGACUGGGGUUGAGUUAUCAGGAAUGUACAUCCCCCCAGGAUGGAAAGUCGGUAUGAACGCAGCUGUCGUAGGACGAGAUGAGGGCGUAUACGGCCCGGAUGCCAAUACUUUCCGUCCACAAAGAUGGAUCGAGCGCACUGAUUCCAACAUGGAAAGGUGCAACAACCUGGUAUUUGGGGCGGGAACUAGAACGUGUAUUGGCAAGCAGGUUGCUCUUAGCGAGAUAUACAAAGUGGUACCACUAUUGAUUCGCAAAUUCGAUUUUGUUUUAGUGGACUCGAGUAAACACUGGACGACUCAUGACUAUUUUUUCAAUAAGCAGAGCGGCGUCCAGGUCAAGGUCAAGGUCAGAAGCCUCUAA